AUGAUCUUCAGCUUUAUGCUGUUUAAUCGCUAUGGAUCGUGCGUGUUCUUCGAGGAGUGGAAUCGGACACGAAAGGUAAACAUGGUCGAGAUGAAGACCAACAUGUACGGUCUCGUCUUCGAGAUGAAGCGAUUUAUCAUCAAGACUUCGCCAACGGGCAAGACUCCCGAGUACUUUGCCUACACAACCAACGUGUACAAGAUGCACUGCUUCGAGACGGCCUCGGGCAAGAGGUUCAUCCUUGUGACCGACCCAUCGGUGGGAGACCUCAAGGAAGAGCUGCGCAAGAUAUACUCCACCAUUUUCGUCGAGUACGUGAUCAAGAACCCCUUGUUCAAGAUCAGAAACUCUGAAACGUCCGCCUUCGAGGAGUCACUCAAGGAGUGCGAACUGUUCACGUCGGAGCUGCACAAGUAUCUACAGAGCCUGCCAUGCUGGAGUUCCGCUUGA